UGAUCACGAAGACGAACUAUCAACAGGCCGACGGCAAUUGGCAGCCCACCCGAACCGCAACGCAACCGACAACCGAACGGCCAUGCGGUAAGGCCAACCAACAGCUGACAGGAAGAAGCAGAAAUCGCCAUGUCGGCGUCCAAUUGCCUGAGGUGCUGCCUCUUGCGGCCCUCGGUGGUCGGACGAGCAGGAGCCACGGCCGCUACGGCGAAGGCAUCAGCAGCGGCAACAGCACGGCUAAGGCAGGGCAUGCCUCUCGCCGCGGCGGCAGCGGCAAGCUUCUCGACAACAGCGAACCGCGGCGCCAAUCAAAAGCCAAAGCCAGGAACCAAGGCGGCGGAGAGGAAUGCUCCUCCCAGCAUCCGGCAGGGCAAGCUGUUUACAAUCAAAAAGAAGAAGAAGAACGACAGUGGCGCUCGUGUCAAAUCCCCGCUCCCGGGUGAGCGCAAGGCUUUCCGCAAGCGCAUCUUGCUCAGCAAUACCAAUGCCCUACCCGUGCCGGGUCUGACAGACCUGGGCGCCGAGAGCAUGCUGGACCCGAGCAACGUGUGCAAAGUCUUGUCUCUCCCCGACGACGUGGUCGACCAGCUGCGUGCCGACGAGGCCUUCAAGACGACACAGUGCUGGAGCAUGUUCAGGAAACCGUCGAUACUCAUACGUACCGAGACGGUGGACUUGAUCACCCGCAUGCACGCCGCGGCCAAGACCAACAAAACUCUACGGCUGGUUCUGACAGGUGACCGCGUGACGGGGAAGAGCUUGAUGCUCCUCCAAGCCAUAACCCAGGCCCAUCUCAACGAUUGGCUUGUCGUUAACAUUCCCGACGCCCAGGAACUGACCACGGCGUGCACCGAAUAUGCUCCCAUUCUCGACACGGAGCCCAUACAGUAUAUGCAGCAAAACUACGUGCUCAAGCUGAUUCAGGCCAUCAAGAAGAGCAACGAGAAGCUCCUGUUGAAGCUGACGACUGUGUUCUCGCACGCGGGCCUGCCGCAGAACAUACCCAUCAAGUCGCCGCUGAUGCAGUUGGCCAACAGCGCCAAGGAAGCCGAGGGCGCCUGGGCUGUGUUUCAGGCCAUGUGGCAGGAGAUGACGGCCCAGGGCCACGGGCGGCCGCCUAUGCUUCUCUCGCUCGACGGCCUCACCCACAUCAUGAGGAUCUCGGACUACCGCACGCCGGCUUUUAACCCGAUCCACUCGCACGACCUUGCGCUUGUGCGCCUCUUCACCGACCAUCUCAGCGGGGCCACGUCGCUACCCAAUGGCGGCGCCGUGAUUGCGGCCACGAACCGGAACAACGCGCCCCGCAACCCUAGCAUGGAGCUCGCGCUGGCCCAGCGCGAGGCCGAGCAGCUCGGCGGUGGCAAGGAUGUGCCUCAGCCCCAACCCUACCUCAAGGGCUACGACGAGCGCGUCGAGGCCGUGCUGCGCAAUGUGCAGGUCAUCAAACUGCAGGGCCUGAGCAAGCUCGAGGCCCGCGCCCUGAUGGAGUACUGGGCCGCCAGCGGCGUCUUGAGGAUAACAGUCGACGAGAAGAGCGUCACCGAGAAGUGGGCCCUAGGCGGCAGCGGCGUUGUCGGCGAGAUGGAGCGCGCGUCGCUCCUGACAAUGCGGUUCUAAAAAAUUUCGAGGGCGUCGACGUGUUGUCAUGACUGUAGCAGUUGUUUUGCUGUAUUAUAUGAGAGUAGAUAGAGGUGCGCGUAGAGACACCAUAUAACCCUGUAUUUAUGCACUUCCAUAUCGGACCCGGACCAAAAGGUAAACCAUUUGUUUCUUGUCUUGUUUGCCAAUGGCUGCCACUUCGAGAUUGGUUACUUGCAGCAAGGUUAAUAAUUAGUCGAGACCCAGCAGUCACUUGCCAUAGGAUAGAUGUAGGGAUAUUUGAGUCUUUGCUACAGGCUAUAGCCACUACUAAAGCCAGGCGAUAUUCCGGGCUUUUUAUCGAAUAGUUGCCUGUUGCACGCGAUCGAAGUUGACAGCGCAUUGAAUUGUCUGCUGAAUGGGUCUAAAAGUACAGAAAAGAAC